AUGAGAAGACUUGGUUGGUUUAUGAUUGGCGAAAACAACUUUGGAAGUGGGCAAUCUGCUGAUUUGGACUUCCUCUGCUCUUUAACCAAUUCCACAAACUUAAGAAAAAUUGAUUUAACAGUCAAUGCUUUUGGAGUACCAAUCCCCGAUUGUAUCGGUAACCUCUCUAUUACCCUUUCGGAGUUAUGGUUAGGUUUCAAUCAUAUUUCCGGAGCCUUACCUUCUGGAAUUGGAAAUCUCAUCAAUUUGGAGAUCUUGCAAUUGGCGCGCAAUAACAUAUCUGGGAACAUUCCUUCCGAGAUAGGAAAUUUGAACAAAAUGAAGGCUCUGUGGUUCUCCCAAAAUAAUUUCUUGGGGCAGAUACCGGAAUCUAUCGGGAAUUUAACGAUGUUGAUCAAAUUGUCCUUAUAUGGCAAUAAUCUUUCUGGCUCAAUACCUUCGUCUCUAGGAAAUUGCCAGAAUCUACUUCUCUUGGACCUUUCGAUCAAUGACCUCAGCGGUACCAUACCCCCGGAAAUUGUGGGUCUCUCAUCUUUGUCGAUUUCUCUCGAUUUGUCUCAAAAUAAUCUUAUAGGCUCCCUUCCAAGAGAAGUUGGAAACUUGAAAAAUCUUGGUGAACUAUGUCUUAAUAGGAACAAAUUAUCUCAACAGAUUCCAAGCAGUAUCGACAGUUGUACAUCCAUGGAGCGUCUAUAUAUACAAGACAACUUUUUUGAAGGGCCCCUACCAUCAAUGAGUUCCAUGAGAGGCCUUCAAGUUUUAAAUGUUUCCAACAAUCGAUUGUCUGGCCAAAUUCUGAAAUAUCUAGAGUCGCUCAAUCUGACGAAUCUAAGCCUAUCUUACAACAAUUUUGAAGGUGCAUUGCCUACGGGAGGAGUUUUUGGAAGUGCCAUUUUAACUUCAAUUGUUGGAAACAAGAAGCUUUGCGGGGGUCUGCAAGAUUUUCAACUACCCAAAUGCAACUACAAAGUGUCAAAACGGACAAGAAUAAGUAGAAUUGCAAAAAUCAUGAUAUCCACAUUCUCUACUCUUGUAGGUGUAGUUUGCAUACUCAUUUUGUUAUACUUCUUCUGGUUUGGAGAUAAUAAGCAAGUAUCGGCUUCAAGCUCUUCUGAAGAUGGGCUUUUGCGUGUUUCUUAUCACAGUCUAUUGAAGGCAACAGGUGGAUUCUCCUCCACCAAUUUGCUCAGCAUGGGCAAUUUUGGAUCCGUGUACAAAGGGCUUCUUGAUCAAACUCAGUCGAUCGUGGCCAUCAAGAUUCUCAACCUUGCACAUCAUGGAGCUUCCAAAAGCUUCAUAGCCGAGUGUCAAGCCUUGAGAAGAAUCCGACACCGUAAUCUUGUGAAGGUACUCACGGUAUGUUCUGGGUUUGAUUUUAAUGGAAAUGACUUCAAGGCACUGGUCUAUGAAUUCAUGUCGAACGGGAGCUUGGAUGAAUGGUUGCACCCAACUGCAUCACAAUAUACAAAGAGAAGCAAGUUAAGUCUACUUGAUAGAGUGAAUAUUGCCACCGAUGUUGCUUGUGCACUAGAUUAUCUCCAGCAUCAUUGUGAAAAACCGAUAGUUCAUUGUGAUUUAAAGCCGGGCAAUGUCCUUCUUGAUGAUGAAAUGAUUGGACAUGUAGGCGAUUUCGGGCUUGCCAAGUUCCUUCCAGAAGCAACGCAUAAGUUAUCAGGCGAUCAAACAAGCUCUAUCGAAUUAAAAGGAUCUUUUGGCUACAUAGCCCCAGAGUACGGCUCGGUAAAUGCAAUAUCCACAAAAGGAGAUGUGUACAGCUUUGGAGUCCUCAUUUUGGAGAUGUUCACAGGCAAGAGGCCGACCGAUGACAUGUUUGAAAAUGGGAUGAACCUUCAUCGCUUCACUAAGGCAACUCUAGUAGACGAAGUGGAAAAGGCAAUCAAUCCUCUUCUACUUGAGGAAAUCGACGAGUCAGAGAAAAGACAAACCGUCCCUCUAGAUGGCAAGAACAAAAGCUGGUUUAAUUCUCUGGAGUGUUUGGUUUCGAUCAUCGAAAUUGGAGUCAUUUGCUCUUUUGAGUCUCCAGGGGAACGAAUGGACAUCUACGAUGCAUUGACUAAACUCCAAGGAAUCAGGAAGAAACUUCUUGAGUUCAUUGCCAUUGCCUAG